UCAGUCCGCACCGGGUUCCCGAACGGACUGGCGCGUCGCGUACGCAGCCUCGUCCCUCGACACGUUUUCGUCAAACACUCGGUUAGUUUGUACGCCGUAUAAAGCUGACCGCCGAUCGAAUUGCGAGAAUUUAUCGUUCACGUUUCGACGCUCGGACCCGAAAUUCGAAUCAGACGUGUCCACUGCGCCAUGCUCCGGAUAUUCGUUCGUUCGCGUCAAACUAUGGAUGACAGAUUUUAGUUAAGGUACGAGAAACGCGGCGCGUAGAAAUUCGUUAUCCUUGCGAUCCGUCACCUACCGGAAUUUCAACCGGUAUUCGAUCGCAUGGUUUGUCACGACAAAACACCGCUGCACCUGCUUCGCCGAUGCAAAUUAUACCGUGACAACUUUGGAAGAAAUUUGAUCGGAUUCACCUGUUUUCGCGCGAUUUUUUGGGAAAUUUUUACCACGUCGGAGCAGUUUUCCGCACGUUGCGCGGGAUUUUUUGCAUCGCUUUUUUUUUGUUUUUUUUUUUGUUUUCUUUUAAAUAUUUUCCGAGCGCACUGACUCGAACCAGUCAGUUCAGUGAUGAUGUUGUGUCCGCUCGGACUGAUUGGAUACACUAGCAGCGGUCGUUCGUUCGUCGAACAACAAAUUGCCUAUUUAAUGAUGAAAUAACGAUUGCGUUUAUUAUUACUUUGGAAUGUACGUAACCUAUGGAACCUCCGUAAAUUACGACAUCGGGAUCCCGUGGAUACUCAUCGCGUCCCAUUAGAAUACUCUUGUCAUUCGUGUUUUUCUUUUCUAUUUUCAAUCACAGAGUACACGGUGUUUUAUGGUUCGCCAUAGAUUGCGUACCGCUCAACCGAGCCGGUGAUAAAAUCGAGGAAAAAAGGUGCUUCCGAUCGUCUUCGCGGCGAAGGCAAAAAAAAAAAAAAAAUCGUCGCACUCCGACAUUCGAAAAAGGGAGGAGGAAAGUCAAUCCGAUGAUCGGAUCAUCGCGAACGCGAUCUGGUAUCCGAAUCGUCGUGAUUGAUUUUUCUUCGUUUCGUCGCUUAAUUUCGAACCCCGGAUAUUCGAACGUAUAUAUGUAGUUCGAUACCCGAGGUGUGUGCGCGUUCCAUGAAUUAGACGGAUUUGCACGUGACGCGCGUUUCAGCGAAGCUCGAAAGACUCUGGGGAAUCGAUAUAAGCUCUGCACUUACCGCGGCGAUACCGAUACCCGGUGAAGUAAGAAGAAGGAAGAAUUCGAUCCCCCGUUGCGUGUGCUUCGAGAGAUAUUCAUGUUCUACGUGUCGUUUGUAAAACGAACGAUCGAGCAGAUUUGUCGCGCGUUAAUCAAUACACGCAGUGAACAUAUUCAUUCUGGAUUAUAAAGAGAGCUGUUCCUCCACCGGAAGUGGAACGGUCUGGGAUACUUCGUUUCGUCAACUUCCAUCCACACGGCCGUAACCAUGUCCGCCUGCGCGAAACGGCAUGUCAAGGAGCCCGGAGGCUCAGGGACCCUUUAGACGAGGGGUCAGGCCAUCCCCUACGACCAAAGGAUCCGCCGCACCGUCCACUCCACGAUCACAAUCAAAGUCCAGCACAAGGCCUCCCCCAAGGACGGCGGCUGGGCUACCGUCAGGCGCUCGGAAAGACCCACUUUUGACAAUAUUCGGUCCCAGAAAACCUCUGAACAGAAACGUUAUCAAUUACAUCAAUAAUAACAACAGUAACAACAACAACAACGUUAACAGAUCGAAAUCAAGGGACAGAGGUCAGCAGACGCACCAGGGAAGUCACCCUGGAGCCGGCGGAGGGGGCCAGGGCCAGGGCCCUUUGAGGCAAGCCUCGAGUGCCUCCUCCUUGGAGGGGAAGCCGACCGCCGUCUCGAGGGCCACCAAGGGUGGUCACGUAUCGGGGGGAGGAGGAAACAAGGCCGCGAGGAUGCAGGAGCUGGAGAGAGAGGUCGAGGCCCUCAACAGGGACCGGGCCACUCUGGAAGCCAACCUUCAAGAGGCUGCAGCCGCGGCACACCAGCUUCAUCAACUGCGUUCGGAGCUUAACGAGGUCAAGGAGCAGCAUAGUUCGGAGAUAAAUAGGCUGACAGAAGAAAACUCCAAUCUCCGAGCACGUUUAAGAGACGUGACACAUUCUCCAUUAUCAGAUUCUGAAAAGCAGCAAAUUUUAUUGGACGCUUCAAGACUGCAUAAUUCAGCUCCAGCAUCCAUUGCUAUCACCCAAGAAGAUGGCUCUCCAGCUGUUGCCACGGAAAACACAUGUUCAACACCUGAUUGGGACAAACAUAGUUCCAGUUCAAUGUCUGAAGUAUCUGUCGCUUGUUUACAGGAUAGAAUCCUACAAAUGGAAGAAACACAUUAUAGUACAAACGAAGAAUUACAAGCCACAAUCCAGGAACUUAGUGACUUACAGGCUCAAUUGUCGGAGCUCCAAUCUGAUAACGAAAGAUUAACCGAAGAAAAAGGUGUCCUUCUGGAAUCUCUUUGCAGGCAAACAGAAAAAUUAGAGGAUUCAAGGUCCAAAGUAGACACAUUGCAGGGGUUACUAUUACGGGAGGAACAACCGGAGGAAACGCCUCAUGGCUACAAUACAGAGCGAGAGCAAAAGCUUGUUGAUUUGCUAAAGAGUGCCCAAGAGGAGCGGGAAUCGCUUCUACAAAAGCUAGAGGAACUCACCUCAGAAUUGAAAAGUCUUAGAUCUACGGCUGAAGCAUCUACCACAGAGACUGAACGGCUCACAAAACGUGUUCAUUUAUUAGAAUCUACCGUAGAUGCAACAAAUGCAGAGCGUAAACAACUAGAUGCUGAACUCGUUGAAGCAAGGCAGGAAGGCUCAAGUCGCACCAUCGAAAUAAGCAGGCUAGCAACGUUGUUAGAAAAUGCCAGAGCCAAAAUUGAAGAGUUAGAACAGACGAGACAACUAGAAAGUAAGAGUGAAGCUGAUGAAUUGCUAGAUGCUGCGAGGCGAGAGAAAGAUACGCUUGAAACACAGGCUGCUGCCUUACAGGAACAGUUGGCUAGAUCACAUUGUGAUCACGAUAGAUUAAAAGAUCAAUACUCACAACUCCAGGAAGAGUGUAAAGUCAUUCGUAAUAAUGCCAAAUCAGCAAUCAGUGAUUUAGAAUAUCAGCUAUCGCAAUUGAAAGAAGAGCGAAAUUCUCUGAGUACGGAACUACAAUUGGUCAGAGAUACUUUGGCCGAACUGCAAGCUCAGUGUCAGCGGCAUUUAGAAGACAAACGCGAAUUGAAAGCAGCUUUGAGUGAAUCACAACGCCGGGCAAACGAUGUUGAGUCUACGAAAGCUGAUUUAGAAUCUGCUUUGGAAGAUGAAAAACGGCUGAGGCAAGAAGAAAGUACAGAGUGGGAACAAUUUCAGACCGACUUGUUGAUGACCGUUCGUGUUGCCAACGAUUUCAAAACAGAAGCUCAAAGUGAACUUGAAAGAGUUGUAAUGGAGAACAAGACUCAGAGAGAUAAGCUCCGAGCUCUAGAAGCGCAGCUGGAUAAACUAAAUAAGGGGCUUUCCACUGACCACACUGGGAGGGCAACGGUUGAUCAGGUAGCCACUGAGACACUAACGGCACCAGAUGCCUUGUUUGAAAGAAGUGCCAUUAGUGCUUUGCUGAAACGUGGCCGUACUUUGCCAAAAGUACGUCCAGAAAUAAGAAAGGCCAUUUCUGAAUCAAAUAUUAAUGAACUGAAUAUGCAAGAAAAUGCUACACAAACAAACAAUCCAAUUAGGAAAACUUAUCCUGGUAUAUCCAUGCCAAAAGCAGAUAUUGAGGAUCUCCUUGAUCGGGAAUACUUGUACUCGCGACCACAGAUAUCCAAUGUAGUGUCACCGUUGAAAGAUGAGGAAAAAGAUGAGUUACGUCAACUUAAACAAGAAUUGUUGAGAGAACCCAUGUAUGUGAACAGCGAACUAAAAUCUGAUCAUGAGACGGAAAUUUCUCUACAAGAAGACAAAGGCCCUUUGAAAGCAGAUUAUCCGAAAUUGUACAAACUAUCUAUGUCAUCAAAAUUGAAAGAAAAUCCUGUUCUGAAAGAAAUCACAGCAAUUCAGAGCUCCCAAGGCGAUUCAUAUGGGAUCAAUAUUUCAAACAGCCAAUUUUAUGUCCCAAAAAAUUACGUUUUCUCUGAUACAGAAUGUGCAAUGGAUGAUUUGAUGUUCGAAGUUGAUCCAGAAAUGAUCAAUCUAUUGAGAAAAAGCAAGUGUGAUGUAGACACACAAUCUCAAGGAAAGUCGUAUAAUUCGGCAAUGAAAACUGACCUGGGUGGCACUUUGUUAUUAGAUGCAACAAGUUACAAACAUACUGUAAACAAUUCUCUGGAUCAAGAUAAUUGUAAGAAACCUGGUGUGUAUGACCUUGAAACAAGUCUGAUGAACCUACCAAGUACCAAAAUAGUGGCAAAUUCUGCUGGAAUUACACAAGUGGAAGACAAACCGCAAAUACACAACCAUCACGUAGAUAAUCAUGUGACCCAACCACACAACUCCGGUCCAAACAAAACAAUGAAUCAUUCACCUGAGGUUGAUUGCAAUUCUCUAAAUGACACAAAUUCAUUGCAAAUGAUGGUUAAUUUGGAUCCUAGCAGCCAUGCUUUGAAACCCCAGAUAGACCAGAAUCCAGAACGACAUACUUCACUCAUUUCAACAAAAGAAAAAGAAAAGUUAGAAACUUAUAAUUCAAGAGAAAACAAUGUGUCCAUGUCAGAAAAAGAAAUCCAACCUAUUAGUAAAAUAGUCGAUUCUGUAAUUGAUGAUCUAACAUACCGAUCAAUUCCAAGAAGUUCGAAGCGCAAGUUGUACGGAAAAAAAAUUUCAUCCUCUGCUGAGGAUAUUAAUAAAGUUCGUUUGACCGAAAAGAUUUAUGAAAGUUUAUCGGAUUUUUAUAGCGGUUAUAACAGUGAAAAUGAAAUUAGAGCCGAUGCUGAAACCGAGCAUGAUGAAAGAAAUUCGAGUGCAGCAUUUGAAGAUACAGAAAAAUCAAAAUUGAAUACUAACGUACCAGUUGUGAUGGAAUCAACCAGUGCUACAGCCCCUGAUGAAAAUGAUUCGAUGAGCCCUUUGUACGACAAUGUGCGAUACGUUAGCAAUGUAGCUGCAAAAAACAUAUCAAUUGAAAACCCAAACCCUGAUUUAAUAAUCGCUCCAAGAAUUUAUACACUGAAAAGUCGGUAUGACAAAGUCAUCCCCAAAGAUCCGAUUCCUUCACCGAGGCAAAAUUUAUCCGGAAUAUCUGAUGAUGUAACUCUUCGAACAAAGGGAGUAGUGAACAAACAAAAUCGGCCCCAUACUUUCGUGAAUUUUCCAACUGUGAAAACUGAUAAACAUGGUACUACAAGGCAAAGUAGCUUAGGAUUGCAUCCAGUUUUGGAGGCUGAUGAAAGCUCCAGAUCCUCAGCAAAGAAUAAAACUUUAAUCAACACCAUGCUAGCAAGGGACAAAAGUUCAUACCAAGAAAACAUGAUUCUGCGCUCUCGCCAAAGACGCAUGGAAUCACAAAACGAUAAUCAUAAACAAACCAACGUUGAUGAUCAGCCAUUGAAGGAUGUAAUAAAGGAGUCACCGUCUUCCAUUUCUGAGAACCUUAAUAGAAUACCAUCUGCAGUUUCUUCCACCAGAUUCAAGUUAUCAAAGUCUGAUCCAUCAAAUGAGAACUUACUACCCAAGAAUAGUGACCUUCCUGACAUCGGCAAAACUCAAUCAACAUUAAUCAACGCUAGAUUCUACGACCUUCCAGAAGGAGUUUAUGGCAAAAUCAUUACCAGUCCCAAAUCUGUUUCCGAAGUUCAACAAAAAUAUGAAAACUUAGCAAAACAGAGUCAAGUUUCUGUUGGCACAGCAAAAAGCAUCGAUAACAGUAGUAAAAAUAAGUUGACUACACCUAUUGUCAAAGUGGAUCAAAACCGUAUUGUCGACAAACAAUCUAAAACUGCUGAUAGUUCAAAUCGAAAUUGGACGAAGAGUAAUAAUGGGUAUAUGAAAAGUGAAGAAAAUUUUGAAACGAUACCAAAGUUGCCAGUCUCUCCUCCUCCGAUAAAAUCAACAGAUGUUAUCGAUACAAGUUUUGCCUGGGAGAGCGAUAUUGAAAGAAUUUCCAUUCCACCAUCAGCAAAAGUUACUCCAAGUGGGUCAGAGUUCCAACAUUCGUCCACAUUAUUAGCACAUAGUAAAUGUGGAACUAUUGUCGAAGAGCCUGAAGUAGAACUUAGAGCUAAACGUAGUCCACCAGUGGUACAUAUUCGUCCUUGGAUUUCAGCAAUUGCGUUUAACCCUAAUCAGAAAGCCAUGCCUCCACCACCAAGACCACCUACCACUCCAACUGAUACACAACAAAGUGUGUUGACCAGUGUAACACAAGAAAUGGCUGCUCGCCGUAAAGCUAAUAUUUCAAGACAAGAUUCUAGGCUCAGUGUAAAGUGUCUCAUUGAGAGCAUCGAAAAUGCUACCAAACAAGCAAAGGCUGCUGGGCUUGCCGACAAUAGUGGACCUGGAAGCCGUAGCAGUUCUACGUCGUCCUUAAAUUCAAUAGGGACGAACGAAGUUAUCUCACUAAAAGCUCCACUCCGUGAUCAACAACAAACAAAUAAUCUAAUUUGUCCUGUGAAUACCACAAAUAACAACAAGACCCAACCGACGAAUGCAAGAAAAGUUCUUUCAGAGACAAAAUCAGUACCAGUUGUGCUCAGUCCUGGAGAGCUGCUAGAUUCAGCAGCUCUAAACGCUAAAGCAAUCGAUUUUGUUAGACGUAACAGCGUCACAGACUUAAGUGAGCGUAAAGAUCCACUAUGUGGACUGGUGAAAAAUGGAGGCUCUAAGAGGAAUGCACUUUUGAAGUGGUGUCAGAAUAAGACCGUCGGUUACCGCAACAUCGAUAUCACAAAUUUUAGCAGCUCGUGGAAUGAUGGACUGGCCCUAUGCGCUAUACUACAUUCGUACCUACCUGACAGGGUUCCUUAUGAUUCCCUUUCGCCAAAUGAAAAAAGACGAAAUUUCUCUAUUGCAUUUUCUGCUGCUGAAAGUGUUGGAAUACCCACGACUCUGAAUAUUGGAGAUAUGUGUCAACUGGAGCGACCUGACUGGCAACAGGUGAUGUCGUAUGUAACCAGUAUUUACAAGCACUUUGAGACGUAAAAAAGUGAGAAAAAACCACUUCAUCCUAAGAAUGCGUUGUAUUCAGUCCAAAACAUUCUGGAUCUUUGGAUCUAGGUACACUGUGUAGCAUGUAACCACUAUUUGGUAACCGUGCAAAUCAAAUCAUAAAUACGAACAAGAAGAAGAUAGGACCAUCAGUGUUAUGCGGCAGUGACUACCGGCAGGCUACAUGCAAGCAUCUAGUCAACUCAACCCAAGAGUGUCGAUUACAGAGGGAGUGCCACGUCGCUGGGAAAAUUAGAUCAAAAAAUAUUCAGUUGAUGUUUGUGCAAAUACACUUUAUCUAUUUGUUUUUUCUCCCCCAAACACUUGACGUUACUUUAUAGUCGUUGAAACAAUUUUGUUUCAAUUUUUGGAUUUUUGUGACAAAAGGCAUGUUCUUCGAAAGUAAAUGACCUGCAAAAUGUUGGUUCAUGAACCAAGGAUUGAAAUAAUCUCUUCUAAUAAUAUUGUUUGAGUCUAACGCUUCUUCGUUAUGCUCUUAGGUCAAACCUAUCUGCCGUUUUAGAAAAAUGCGUUUACUUUUUUUUUUUUUAAUUGUUCAUCACUUGUAUAUAUACAUAAGCUACGUUUCACCUGUGUGAUACUUUCUUUAAUGAUACGAAGUUUGAUCGGGUAUUUGUUACUUUCGUUUGGAAUCGGACAGUUCUUCUACUUUGAAGCAAAUUUUAGGAUGAAGACUGGUUAUGUUUCUUGAUUCUGUAAUGUUAUUUGAAAAUACCAUGUUUUGUCCUUUUUAUUUCAAUUACUUUUAUGCAUUUUUGAAAAUGUUAAUUAUAAUUCUGUUACGAAUUUUCAUGCAUUACAUCAAGUAAAUAGAUUUUAUGAUCGGUUUCAAUGAUGACAAACAGAGUGAAAUAGAUAUUAGCAUGAUUUAGAGGUGCGUCAUCGAUGCAAGCACAUUCUUGCCCGAGGAAUUGAAAGAUCUAACUAAAAGGAUGAAAAAAAUGAAUAUCGAAUUGACGUAUCCAGUCUUCUGUACGAAAAUGGACCUGUAAGACCAUUUGGUUGUUCUAUUUUAAACUUGUUUGUAUCCUGUUGCAUAACAGUUAUUAUGUCGCAUUAGAUAGUCAGUAUAUCUUAGAGCCGAAUGAAACUAUGAAGAUGAUGUACUGCACCAGAGAGUCGAUUAUUUAAUGAAAGCAACAUAAUUAAAGGGAGCCCUUCCUUGUGGAAGGUAUCGCUCCUACAUGAGACUGAGAACAUAACGAUAUAAAUAUAUAUAACAUUACUGUAUUAUAAUGGAUCCUCACACUGAUCAUUACCUACUAUAAUUAAUAUGUGUAUAAAAAAAAUAUGUCCACGUUGUCGCUUUUUGCCUACUUUUAUAUAAUGAUAAUACGAAAUUAAAAGCAGGUUUGCAAAUAUUUUUAAUAUUUUUGAACUAAACGAAUUUCAAACAAAUAACCUCGAGUGCUUGUGUGCAAGUUUGCGUAUGUAUAUCUUGUGUUUCAUGUCAUGUUGAGUAUUUUUCUAUCUUCCACUGUUAACUUAGAAUAAAUUAUAUCAUAAUACCACUAAUUAUUUUCAGAGGAUACUUACUAUACAUUGCAACCCUGUCAUUUGUGUAAAGUCUUUUGUAUAUGAAUUAUCCUAAGUUAAUAUACCUAAUUUAUUGUAAUUCACUUAGUUUGACAAUGUCAAGCGGCGUGUCUAAAUAGCAAGCUCAUUUCGAUUUCAUAGGACUACAUGAAUAACUUGAUUAGAAAAUGCUAAGUUCUCUGUGAUAUAGCAACAUAGCCCCUAAACAGAGAGAAUUAUAUCGACAAUACAAAAUAAUAAAAAUGAGUAAUAAUUA